AUGCCAAAAACCAAAUUAAGCGAUAAAUUGUCAGAUGACUACCAAGUGUUGAAAGGUAGAUGCCCAGAUGAAAAAUGUCAAGCACAACUUUUCUUCCCCAAAUUAGAGACCAGCAUAGAAUGUACAAACUGUGGUCAAAGACAUGCCAAAUCUACCAUUCAAAAUGUUGAAGAAGUGAAAAAUACAGAGGUUGCCUUGCAUAAUUUGUUGAAAAAUGUAUUACUUGGGAAUAUCAAGCCUCAAAAAGGUCCAGAGAAUGUCAAAGUUCUUGGUUUGUCUAACUAUGAAUGUAAACUAGUCUCAUUUAUUCUUACAACUUAUGGUAUGGACAAAACAACAGGCAAAGCUAAGCUACUGACAGAUAUGGGACAACAGACUGUAUUUGAUUGUAGUCUAUUAGGAGACAGGGCGUUUCAAAUUGAUAAGGAGCAUUUAGAUGUUAUUGGUUAUGGACGGGAUAGAUCGGGCAGUCAGUCUUACCUAUCAGGUAUAUUGAAUGUUAUUGAUGAAAUCAAUGAAGGUGAAGAAAGGUUGGUACCAAUACAUGCUGAUGGAGAUGGUCAUUGUUUGGUUCAUGCUAUAUCUAGAGCACUGGUAGGAAGAGAACUAUUUUGGCAUGCACUGAGAGUCAAUCUUCAACAACAUUUUCAACAAAAUCAAGACAAGUACAAAAUAAUGUUUAAAGAUUUCAUAGAUGUUGAUGAAUGGAGUGAAAUAAUUGCUGAAUGUGACCCAAAUUUUGAACCACGCGUCAACGAAUCCAUGGGAUUGAGAAAUAUUCACAUUUUUGGAUUGGCUAAUGUUUUGAAGAGACCAAUUAUUUUGUUAGAUUCUGUAGAAGGUUUACAGAGCUCGGGAGACUAUUCUGGUGUAUUUUUACCAGUAUUACAUGAAGUAGAGAAAUGUCGAGGUAAAGAUGGUCAAUUAAGUAAACCGUUGUGUAUAGCUUGGAGUAGUUCAUUUAGACAUCAUUUUAUACCGCUAGUUAGUAUAAAAGGUCAGAAGUUACCUAGGUUACCAAGAUAUCUUAUUAAAAGGGUAUGGGGUAUAAGUGAUCGUAAUAUAGAUAAAUAUAUAGAAUUUGAUGCAGAUGAUAUGUGUACUGUAGGUGGUGAUAAAUGUCUUCAGGAUCGGUAUUUACAAAGACUAGUAAAAUGUAUGGAAGAAAUAUUUUAUCAGAAAUAUGGUGUACACCCAUCUCUAGUUGCUGAUGUUCAUCAAUAUAUUUAUAAAAGUGCUGGAAUGGCCAGUGUUCCUGUAGAUAUUGUUAUUAAUACAACUCAGAGAACAGUAGAGAAGAAAUUACUAUAUAGAUGUUUAACAUGUGAUGCUUUAACAGAAUAUAAUUUAACUAUAGAUAUGUUUAUAGCUGGUGGUAGUUUAUAUCAACUUGCUUUAGAGACUCAUGGUCCUCUGGCUACAGAUAAACGUUACUCUUUUCCAAUGCAAGGUAUUAUUUGUUCAUAUAAUGCCGAAGAAGAUUGUUUAGUUCCAGAUAUGGACAAAAGUCAACUAACAAAAUGUGCAUUUUGUCAAGGUGACCGAGUCCGCCAUGUUAAAGGUGAUGGUAGUAUUAUGUAUAAAAAUAGUGAUAAAACAACGACACCCUCUCAAUCAACUCACUGUACUUGUGGAUUUAAACAUUAUUGGGAUGGUAAAGAAUAUGAUAAUAUGCCUAAAAUUUUACCUGUCAGUCUAGAAUGGAGUGGUAAAGUUAUUAAAGAGAAGGUCCCCUGGUUUGAAAAUGAAUCAGAUAUCUGUUUAAACAGUAAUGUUUAUGAGGUAGCCCAGUCUUUAGUACAGAAACAUUUUCCAGGAGAGUUUGGUAGUGAGAGGUUGGUUCAGAAAGUAGUUGAUCAUAUAUUAAGACUAACAGCUCUACCAGAACAACCCAAGACAGAAGAACCUGUACCAAUAGACUUACCUUGGUCUCCUAAUUCACCCUCUAAAAUAAUCAUCACAGGACAACAGAGAAAGAGUGUUCACAAGGAGGAACUGGAUAAAAGUCAAACAGAGAAGAAUAUCAGACAGAAAAUCACAGCAAAUGCUCCUGUUAAACAGAAAAAGAAAACCACAGAUAUUCAACCAGUGAAAUCAAAGACUAUCUCAGAAUCACCAGUAAAAAAAAUAUCCACCAGAGUUCCAUCUUCAACAGUGACUAGUCACUCAAUAUCUGAAUCUACAGAAUCUACACCUAUUAUUAAACCAGAUAAAAAAGUCAAACUGGUGUGUUCUAAUGGAAAACAGACUACACUGACAUUAAGAAAUGAUGUAACAUUUAAACAACUACAGAAACUUAUCUGUGAUACUGUUAAUAUACCACCUGAUAAACAGAAGAUUAGAUUAGGAUUUCCACCAAAAGAAUUAAAAGCACCAAGAGAUGGGGAUAUAGAGCCUAUAGUUCCAAUACAACAUGGUGAUAAAAUAACUUUAGAUAUUAUCAACGAAAAUAAAACUUCUCCACCUUCAACAUCUCAAAUGAAAGUAUGUCAUGGAGAUAUAAGAACUAGUAGAAGUAGUUGGGGAUCUUUUGAUGAAACAGAAACAGUUCAUUCCGCUGAUAGUCUACUAGAUAGUCUACGUGAUAGUAAUAAUGCUACUGACAGUAUAGAUACAUCAAUAGCUUCAUUAUCAGUACUAGCUAGUUUGUCUGGUAAAGAUUUAUGGACGUAUGUACAAUCUAUGCCUCAUCUAUUCUCUGUUGGUGGACUGUUUUAUCAACAAGUUGAUAGAGAUUUAGGUUUAACAGAUGGUAAACAUUGUACGUUACCAGCUUUACCAGGAAAGGUUUUUCGUUUCAAUGGGCAUGACAGUAGAUUGGAACUAUGCCUGGAACCAUAUGGACACUUUCCUGUUGAACCAAAUAUAGAGAGAAAAGUAACAGAACCACAGCAGAAUUCGUCUACCCAAUCUCAUGUUAGAUUUGGGUCUAGUGGUGCUGUGUCUCACAAAGACUCUUGUGUAGCUUUUUCUGGACAUGGACAUUCAUUGAUUGCAUCAACCGAGACGCGAAUGCCAAAAGAAAUGACUGAAACUAUGACAUUCAAUUCUUCAAGUGCUAAAAAUAUCCACAAUUUGUGUACACCUGUUAAAAAAGAAGAUUCUAUUGAAGAAGAAGAAUGUGAUGUUGAAGAUGAGACUGUUAACAAUUAUAACCGGAUUGGACCCGGUUUUAGUGUUUUGAGACCAAACCCACCAGACCCACUUGAACAAAAUACAGCUAAUGAAAGUGUUGAAAUCUUUAAAAAGGUGGCUGAAAUGUUAGAGCGUAGUGUAGCUGACAAUGAGGAUUUAGAUUGUUUUGGUGGUUUUAGUAGUAGUCCAAGUUCUGAAAGACCAUCAGCACACUCUGCAGUUUCUACGGCAACAGAGGAUAGUAAAGAACAAAAUGCUGGAAAUCAAAUGGAAGAUGAAGAUCUCAAAUUAUGGGAUGGAGAAGAAGAUACAAUGGAUACAGAAUAA